UUGCCGGGUUUGCCAUUUAUGGAAAAAAGUUGGUGGAUAUUGCGAAUGAAGGAUUACGUCUAUUGGAAGGUGUAAACGGUUAUCCAACUACACCAAGAGCACCAAGAUCUCCAAAGCGUAAUAGAUUUUCUCUUGCUACACGACGAGGUAGUAGUUAUAGUCAUUUGGAAUUGAAACAUGAUCAGAUGAAACGAGCCCUUUUAAAG